AUGCCAAAGGCUACAACUCCCGUGGCUGCAGCGCGCCAGGUGCGUCGACAUAAUCCCCUAGAGGAUGACCUCACAGCUACUGGUCUAUUGAAAAACAAACCUGGAAAACGGAAAUCAAGACAUGAAGACGAGGAAGAGAAAUUUGUCGAUUCGAAAGCCUCCCGCAAGAUUCUAAGAAUUGCACAAGAGCUUGCUGAGGACGACGAGAAUGAGGAGAAUAAUAAACAGGGCCAGAAGGUAAAUUCGGCCUUUGAUUUCUCAUCAAGAUUCGAUCACCCAGAGGAAGAAACAUACGAGGAUGAUGGCGAAGUAUGGGGAGAUGAGGACGAGAUCAUAGAGGAGGUGGAACUUGAUCCUAACGACCAAGAAACUUUCAACAAAUUCUUUCCUACAAAAGAGGAUCCAUUAUUGCGGACGGGCUGGGGAGGAAGAGACGAUGAACCUCAGGAAGGGCAAACUACCAAUCUAGCAGCGCUGAUUCUGGAGAAAAUUGAUGCUUUCGAAGCGGCACAAGCGCGAGCUGCUGGAGGACAGGAUCCAGGUCCUGUAGAUGAUGAGUUUCAGAUACCUCCGAAGGUAGUAGGGGUUUAUACACAGAUUGGUCUCAUAUUGUCACGAUACAAGUCAGGAAAAUUACCCAAGCCAUUCAAGAUCCUUCCGACAGUUCCUCAUUGGGAGGAUAUCUUGGAGAUUACUCGGCCCGACAAAUGGACCGCGAAUGCCUGCUUUGAAGCGACCAGGAUCUUUGUUUCGGCUACACCUGCGACGGCUCAGCGAUUUAUGGAGAUGGUGCUCCUUGAACGAGUACGGGAUGACAUACACGAGACGAAGAAGUUGAAUGUGCAUCUUUUCAAUGCUUUGAAGAAAGGCUUGUACAAGCCUGCUGCCUGGUUUAAGGGCAUCCUCUUCCCUCUGGUCAGAAGCGGUACAUGUACAUUGCGGGAAGCUCACAUAAUUUCUGCCGUCCUUGUGCGAGUUUCGAUCCCGGUGCUUCAUUCUGCAGUUGCGCUCAAGGGACUGUGCGAUAUUGCGGCGGAAGAAUCAUCUGCGGGGUCAGAGGGAGGCGGGGCCACGAACAUCUUCAUAAAAGCAUUGUUAGAGAAGAAAUACGCGCUCCCCUACCAAGUCCUCGAUGCUCUCGUCUUCCACUUCUUGCGGUUCCGAACUGUCGACCCAGCGAACGCGACACCAGAUGACUUGGGGAAUGCCAUGUCUGGGGUUACAGGGUCCAAUGACAUGAAAUUGCCGGUGAUCUGGCACCAGACCUUAUUGGCGUUUGCGCAGAGGUACCGAAAUGAGAUCACGGAAGAUCAAAGGGAGGCAUUACUAGAUCUGCUCUUGGCCAAGGGUCACCAUACAAUAGGCCCAGAGGUUCGCAGGGAAUUGCUCGAGGGACGGGGCAAGGGUAGAGGGAUGCCCGUAGAACCAGAGGCAAAGCCAGUGGAUGACGGCGAUGAUACCAUGAUGACUUGA